AUGCAACUAGACAAGGCUUUGUACAAAGCUACCGACAACAAGCAUCUCGAAACUGUUAAGCUCCUGUUGGAAUUUGGUGCAGAUCCAGAUACUGAAGGCCCCAUCUACGGAUUCGCAUUGGCGGCUAGCGCGUAUGACGGUACGAUGGAAAUCAUGAAGGCGUUGCUUGCCAAAGGAGCAGACGUCAACAAGCGCGGAGGGGACUAUGGUACAUGUCUUCAGGCCGCUGCAUGGUUUGGUGAUGCCGAUAACGUGAAGUUAUUGCUGGAUCAUGGUGCGAAGACCAAUACCGACCCAAUCGGAUACUAUGGUCAUGAGCUGCAAGCUGCCGUGCAUACGGGUGAUGAGGCUACUAUU